AUGGGAACCAAGGUAGCUCGCAAACACAUCGCUCCUGUCCUACAAAUCGAGGGUGUAAGGCAGAAGCGCACGAAAGGAGGCAACGAGGUAACUGCUCCCACAGGAGUACGGCUUCUCGCUCACAAGACAGGACCACUGGAAACACCGGAAAGGUCAUCUGGAUCCAACAGCUGGGCAACGUUUGUGGCCAACACACUUCAGCAGAAGCCAGCCGUGGUGCAUGAGGGCUCCAGUGGGCCAGCAGACCUGAAACACCUUGUGAGUCCAGGGUCAGGCCUCAAAUUUACGAAUAUAGAUCAAGCCAAAGAUGAACUGUCAUGGGUAGGCGAGGACAUUCUUACCGUCAAUGUUAUAUCAAAAAACGAGGUGGCUGCUCGGUUAUUACGCCCGAGGACUCUGAUGCUAUAA